AUGAAUAGCUUUCUUUCCCCUUCAUUGUCCGUCUCGGUCUGCCAUGCAUCAGGUGAAGCCUCGGUACAGAAUACAUGUCCAUCACCGCUGGAUGACAGGGGGGCCAAGAGGAAAAGAGAAGCACCUGAUGAUGAUGAGGUGGUGGAAGAACAAAAACUAGAAGAAAAGAAAGUUUGUAAAGGUUUUUGACAUUUCCACAUGAAUGUGCAGUAUGUCACUUAUUUUAUGUUUGUCUGUCUUGUCCGUCAGUGUCUCGGUUUAGAGUUAUUACUACCUAUGAGAGAUCACUCUGUGUCCCCAGAUGAUCAAUCUCUGAGUGAAAGUGAUCACUCUGUGUCCCCAGGUGUGCCUAUACUGAAGGGGUAUGUAGCCGCUCGGAGGGGAGAGAGAGAGGAGAUGCAGGACGCUCACAUUCUCCUAUCUGACAUGAAAACCUGCCUGUCCACCCUUCCAACUGCAGUGUAAGUCCCCUCUCUGACUCAGGGCAGUGUCAGGAUGCGUCCCAAAGGGCACCCAAUUGCCAGUCAUAUGUAGUAUCCUACUUUUGACCAGACCUUCCAUAGGGCUCCAAAAGUAGUGCAUUAUAUAGGUAAGAAGGUGUCAUUUGGGACACAUCCAAAGUCCCCUUCUCUCUAACAUAGGGGAGUGUCAGUCUGUUAGGACCUGGAUGGUGUGAAGGUGUGCUCCAGUGAAGUGACGUACACUACUGUCUGUGCUGUAGGUCUCGUCUGGCCUACUUCGCUGUGUUCGAUGGCCAUGGAGGAGCUAGAGCCUCUCGCUUCGCUGCCGAACAUCUUCACCACACUCUGGCUCUGAAGUUCCCUAAAGGUGAAUGGAGAGACUCAGAUCCCCUCUUCACUGUCAAAAUACUGGGCUGCAUUUAUUUGUUGUGUUAUCUCUUCACAUAUUCAAUAUACAUCAGUUAAUGCUUGAGACUCAGACCACAUGCCUAUUCAUCCUCAAUAAACUUGGCUUUCAUUUCUAGCGGUAUUAUCUCUUCACAAUAUUCUAGAAGAUCCAUCAAAAUCUAAUGCAUAUUGUGUUUCCUCCCACAGCAGAAACGGAGAACCUGGACAAACUGGUGAAGAAGUGCCUACUAGACACCUUCCGACAGACAGAUGAAGACUUCCUGAAAAAAGCCUCCAGCCAGUAAGUGCUUAGUCUCUUAAACCCGACCCUAGGCAACAGCAGUGACUAGGGUAUGGUAGUUAUGACAGACUCUCUUGGUAAGGGAAAAAAAUAAUUUCCGGGGUGGGUCCUCUUCAGACAGACAACUCUCCAAACAAAUCACGAGGCAGACACGCCAGAACGUCGUGAUUCGAAACCAAAGUUUGUGGUUUCAGUGUAGGUAGUUGAUGUAAACUAGCCACUUGCAAAAUGCACUCAUUAAAAAUACCUCUGUGAUCUCCAUCUUGCUAGCUACUAUUUAGUAUUUUAUUCAAGCGGAUAAGGCAGUGACGUAGGUAGUGACGUAGUUCCUCUAUGCCAAACUGACAUUCUAUUAGGUACAGACGUGUUAAGCUGGAACAUUGAAACAUUGUGGGAGGCAACACGGAUGUCUAGUAAGUGCUUUGCAUGUCUGUGCAUUACUAUGACUGAGUCCCAAAUGACAACCUAUUCCCUACAUAGCUGUGUGUCCUAAAUGGGCCCUGGUCAAAAUUAGUACACUAUGUAGGGGAUAGGGUGCCAUUUGGGAGUAUUUUAGAAGCCCUAUAAACUGAUGAACUAAUCUGUUCUACAUGGAUGAAUGUAUGAAGCGAUGUGUACAGUGUGUCUGGUCUGGUCCCACAGGAAGCCUGCCUGGAAGGAUGGCUCUACAGCCACCUGUAUGUUAGUGGUGGAUGACAUGGUGUAUGUGGCCAACCUGGGAGACAGCAGGGUAAGGUGCUGCUCUGCUCACACAUUCCGUAUAUAGUGCACCACUUUUUACCAGACCCCUAUGGGCCCUGGGCAAAAGUAAUGCAGUAGGAAAUAGGGUGCAAUUUUAUACAUAACCUUAGUUUCAACCUGUUUAUUUAGCCAUCAUCAAUGAUGAUAUUGCUAAAGGAAGCUGCUGUUUGAUUCUGUUGCAUUGUAGUAACCUUCCUCACUUGUAACAUUGUUCCUCUGUCUCUCUGUAGGCGAUUCUCUGUCGGAUGGAACAGGAAAUGCAGGGCGGAGACAGGAAGUGUGUCACUCUGGCGCUCAGUAAGGAACACAAUCCCACCAUCUACGAGGAGCGCAUGAGGAUCCAGCGGGCUGGGGGCACCGUUAGGUACUUGGCUUUCACUGGGCUUUCAUAUCUUUUCUCUUUAUAUCUGUGCCUGGAAAAAAACAUCAACAACAAAAAUACUCUUUGAUAAGUACUAGUGAUAUCCUUGACCUGCUCUGUGAGGAGGAAUAACUAUUUUAUCAACACUUUAUCCAUGGUUGCUGCUGUGUGUGUUGCUCCAGGGAUGGGCGAGUCCUUGGGGUGCUGGAAGUGUCCAGGUCUAUAGGAGAUGGACAGUACAAACGCAUUGGAGUCAUAUCCACACCUGACCUCAGGCGCUGUCAGCUUACACCCAAUGACAGGUAAGACACUGACUCUUUCAACCAAUGACAAGUAAGACACUGACUGUUUCAACCAAUGAUCGGUAACACAACACCAGGUACUCCCAGUCAGGCCCUGUUCCAAUACUUUAUAAAUGCAUUUUUUCCCCCUCCCUUCCUUAAAGUAGUCACUGAACUGACAUGACUUGGGCUUGGAAAGGCACAUUUAAUUUGUUGGUGGACUGAUGGGUGAUCUUUCUCGCUCUCGCUCUCUCUCUCUCAGGUUCAUUAUCCUGGGCUGUGAUGGUCUGUUUAAAGUGUUCUCUGCAGAGGAAGCUGUUAAAUAUGUUCUCAACGUCCUGCAGGUAUACAUCAUGCUCACAAUGUGUGUUUAUGUCAAAAAGAUGUCUCAGUAUGUGUGUGUGUGUUUGCUGGGGUGUGUGACUGUGUGUUUGGAGUGUGUGUGACACCGUCUUGUUGUUAUUUUCAGAAUGGGAGUGUUGAGAGGAAGGAGGGGCAGACUGAGGAGGAGGGCCACUAUGAAGCAGCAUGUCAGAGACUGGCUAAUGAGGCAGUGAGGAGAGGAUGUGCCGACAACGUUACCGUCAUACUGGUGUCUGUUAGCUUCUGA